GAUCUAUCUCGGAACAGGCUGUCGGAGAUUCCUGCUGAGAUCUGUCAUUAUGUUUCCCUCGAAAGCCUAAAUCUUUAUCAGAACUGUAUCCGCUAUGUGCCAGAAGCUACUCUUAACCUGCAAGCCCUGACCUUCAUUAAUCUCAGUCGGAACCAACUUACAUCACUUCCAGGACACGUCUGCAAUCUACCUCUGAAAGUUCUCGUAGCAAGUAACAACAAGUUGGACUCCUUGCCAGAGGAGAUUGGUCUUCUCAGACACCUGACAGAACUGGAUGUGAGUUGCAAUGAGAUCCAGACAAUUCCUACCCAAAUUGGCAAAUUAGAAUCAUUACGUGAUCUCAAUAUCAGGAGAAACCACUUGCUGCAGCUGCCUGAGGGACUUGCAGAUUUGCCACUAGUUCGGUUAGAUUUCUCAUGUAACAAAGUCACAAGUAUCCCAGUAUGUUACCGAAAUCUGCGACACCUCCAGUCCAUUAUCUUGGACAAUAAUCCUUUGCAAUCCCCUCCAGCCCAGAUUUGCAUCAAAGGUAAAAUUCAUAUAUUUAAAUACCUGAACAUAGAAGCUUGCAAGAAUGCUUCAGAUUUACCAGAGUAUGACAGAAGACCUCUAGGAUUCGGUUCUUGCCAUGAUGAUGUAUACCCCAGUCGCUCUUAUGGUGCAUUGGACUCUGGUUUUAACAGCGUAGACAGUGGAGACAAACGGUGGUCUGGAAAUGAGCCUACAGAUGAAUUCACUGACCUACCUCUAAGGACGUCUGACUCAAGUAAAGAGCAACGGCUUCGGAGAGACCAUAUCCAGGAAUCGAGAGGCAACUCAGUCAUUGCAAAUGGUGGUGUGGAGCAUGAUCUGGAUCAGAUUGACUACAUCGAUAGCUAUGCAACAGAAGAGGAAGAAGAGGAUGUACGGCAGUCCAGAGGUGACAGUCUAAGUUCACAAUUUAUGGCAUAUAUAGAAGAGCGAAGGGUAACACAUGAGGACUCGCCUCUGAAACAAAGCACAACAAGGGAAUUUCAGAGACCAGAAGAUGGAAGGAGACAUUUAUACCAAAGCAGAACCUCAGAAGAGCCAAGAAGACCAGAAUCUCUGAGUUUAACAAAUAAACAAAGGCAGCCAUCUCCUCGUAGGCAAAUUGAGAGGGCUCCGUUGGAUGCUAUGUAUCUUAUUGCACUGACUAAAAGUCCUAACCAGAUGGAUACAGACUUGCAGCGUAGGCGAGAUUUGGUAGAAUCUACCAGGAGAGAAGCACAACUAGCGGCCCAGCAGUAUGAGGAGGAGAGGAGGAGGGACAAGUUAACACGCUCAGACUCUUUAAACCAGAAAGCACUGAGUCCAGAGAAAAGGAGCCCAAUGGAUAAUGAGCAAGCUGCAGUGCUCCAGAUUAUUAAAACAUUGUUUAUAUGGCUGGGAUUCCUUCCAAAUGGGACUGUAUGCACCCUUGAUUGUAGAAUGGCUUUGAGCCACACUUUGUCUUUGAGAUUGACUGUAACACCAAUACCAUAA